CUCGACCAGAGCCAAAGAAGGAGCAAAGCCCACCAAGAGGGAGAUCGCCGAGGAGGAGUUCGCCCAAGAGAAGUGGGUCGAAAAAGACGUCACCAAGGAGGGCAGGUCGGGAUUCGAAGCGAGAGAAGAGGGACGAUAGGUGGUUGCGGAGGCCAUUGUUGUUCGAAAGACAGAGGUACCAUAAGUUUACACCCUUGAGGAAAGAUUUGACAGAGGUGCUCGAGGCUAUGGAGCAGAAAAUGUCGAUCGAGGAUGUAACGUGGCCGAAGACAAGGUUCACAGGCCCGACUCGACUCAUAUUGAAUAUAUAUUGUCGAUUUCACCGAGAUUACGACCAUACCACGGAGAACUGCAGGCAUUUGAAGGAUGAGAUUGAAAGGUUGAUUCGAGCAGGACAUUUGAAAGAGUUUGUGUAUCAUGAUAGGGCGAGAGGGAAAGGAAGGAGAAGGUGUCGAGAUGAUUCGGAGGAAAGGAGUGAUAGGGAUGAAGAAGGAGACGGCGGAGAGAGUCGAGUUGGUCGAGGAAAAAAGCCGAGAAGAGAUGGAGAUAAAGGGGGCCAUGGAGGAGAGGCCCCGAUGAAGAGAGGAAUGAUUUACAUGAUUUCCGGAGGACCAACGGAUGGUGACUCGAAUAGGGUCAGGAAGGAGCAUGCUCGAGCUGCGAAGAGGAAAAGAGAGGAGGUUGGGAUUACGGCUCGUAUACCAGUGAUAAGUUUCGAGGUGGAGGACGCCGAGGGAGUGGUCUUACCGCACAACGAUGCUUUGGUGAUAACCACAGAGGUUUCGGGCUUUGACGUGAAGAUGGUGUUUAUUGAUACCGAGAGUUCGGUAGACGUGAUGUUCUACGACUGUUUUGUGCAAAUUAACAAGGAUUUGAAUAUGGAGCCGAAUCCGGUGACCACGACACUUUAUGGCUUCAAUGGAGGAGAGGUGGUGCCGAUGGGCGAGAUAAGUUUGCCAGUGGCGUUGGGAGCGGGAGAGCUGAAGAAGGUGCGCAUGGUGAGGUUUGUGGUCGUAGGAGCUGAAUCAUCUUAUAAUAUUAUUAUGGUACGGACGAGCUUGAAUGCGUUCCAGGCGGUCGUAUCCACGUACCACAUGACGAUCAAGUAUCCU